GUGCCCGAGGCGCCGCGGCCCGCCACCAGGGCGCCGCCGAGCCCGGCAGCCCCCACGCCCCCGCCUCCGCCCCCGCCACCGACCUGCCUCUCCGCGGCCAACUGCACCGCGGCCGGCGCCGCGGCCACAGAGCACGACGGAGUUCUGCGCAGGGAGACCUGGGUGGUGCCGCUGUUGGUGGUGUGCAGCGUGAGCGCACUGCUGAUGCUGGGCUUCGAGGUGUUCGUGGUAUGCAAGGCGCGCCAGACGGCGCCCAGCCGGCGCCACCUCUUCCUGGGCCAGACGCUGCUGCUGGGGCUGCUGCUGUGCGCCGCCGUCGCCGCCGUCGCCGCCGCCACGCCCACCCCCGCCGUCUGCGCCACCAUCAGGAUGGGCGCGGGCGUGUCGUACGCGGUGGUGUUCUCGGCGCUGCUGGUGAAGUGCGUCUUCCUGAUCAGCCUGAACGGCGGCGUGUACCUGCCGGCGGCCUACCAGGCGCUGCUGCUGGCCUUCGCGGUGCUCACGCAGGUCGCCGUCGGCGUGCAGUGGCUGCUCGCGUCGCCGCCCGCCGCCGAGCUGCGCCCGCUGCCGCCGCUGCUGCACGGCGGCGGGGAGCGGUGGGUGUGGUCGUGCCGGUCGCCGUACGCGCACCUGGUGGCGUCGCUGUCGUACUGCGGCGCGCUGCUGCUGCUGGUGGCCCUGCUGGCCGUCAAGUCGCGCGCCAUCCGCGACAACUACCGCGAGGCCACGUUCAUCGGGCUGAGCGCGGGCGCCGCCGUGCUCAUCGCGGCCGCCUGGCUGCUCGCCGGCCUGCUGCUCGCCACGCCGCCCCAGCGCGACGCCUGCGUCGCCUUCGGCCUCGUCGCCACCGCCGCCGUCGUCUUCCUCGUCAUGUUCAUGCCCAAGGGCCGCCAGCUGGCCGCCAUGGGCCGCGACGGCCUGUACGCCGAGGACCGCGACGACCGCCUCAGCUCGCUCAGCAGGGCCGCCUCGCCCUCCUUCUUCCACUUCACGCCUGCGCACCACCCACAGCCGCCGCCGCCGCCGCCGCACAAGGCGCCCGUGCCGCCCGGACUCACAGAUCAGGUGGCCGUGGUGGGGCAGGUGCCGAGCUACGCGCGGAUGCUGCACUACUACCCGUACUGCUACUACCCGCGCUACACCUGCCCUUGCACGCCCGCCCCCGCGCCGGCGCCGGCGCCUCUCCCCAAUUCCGGCGACCAGUACCACGCCGGCGCCGCCCCGCGCUGGAAGAGCGGGCUGUACCUGAAGCCGGACGACAGCAACCUGUACACGACGGUCGAGCCGACGCUCUCCAGCAACCCCAACGUGUUCUUCCAGCGGAGCGGGCUCCAUCCUGGCCUCAUCUACUAACACAAGUGCAGAUUAUGGCCCGUCGCAGCUGCCAGUCAUCCGAAAGGACUCGCGGACUGAAACUACUGAUUUCCUACUGUAUACCGCCCCUGAAACUUGGCCAGUCCUUUACAAAGAAUCUUUGUCACCCAGAAUUAGGUUUC